CAAUUAAUCGAUUUGUCUUAUCGCCAUGACUUUCUGGUUCAUUCCUUCUACUCACCACUCUUUGUGGACUUCUUCUCGCCAACUUCUAAGGUGUCAUCCAAAACGGUUAUGUGAAUUUCUGGGUUAUAUCUAUUUCUCUCAAUUUUAAAGGGUGACCAUAGACUCGUAUAUAAAAUCGUUUUCACAUUUACUAAGACUGCGAUUUCCUAUUUUAUAAGUGAUAACAUAGUGUUUUUACCCAUUUUAACUAAGUGUUUAUUAUGCAAUUUCAAAAGUACGGUAUUUGUAUAUUUAUAGUUUCAAGACUCUUUUAAGGUUACUUAUGGAAAAACAUUGCAAGUUAGAGAAAAACUAGAUUUCCAACUCAAGGUAACAUCGACAUCUUCAACAGCUGCGCAUCAGGCUCGCAAUGCCCGCAGGGUGGCGACACCAAACCGCGUACCUGUUAUCAUCCCAAAAGCUAAGAUCACCGACGACAACAAGAAGAAAGACGGUUUGGAGGAUUCCCGAGCUCCUCCCAAACCACCCAAAUGAGGAUUCUUGCAUGGAAUUGUCAAGGGGCGGGAGCUGAGCUUACUACUCGUCGACUGGAGGAACUAUGUAAUAGAUAUUCUCCAGGUUUUAUGUUUUUAUCAGAGACUAAGAACAAUCACUUUUUUCUGCAAAAUAUGCAAGUUAAUCUAGGAUUUGAUAGCCUCCUUACUGUUGACCCAUUAGGGAAUAGUGGAGGUCUUGCUCUCUUUUAUUCUAAGGAUUUUCCAGUUAAGAUUUUACAUCAGGAUGAUCGUUUGUUUGAUGUUGAGACAAUUAUUGACGGUAAUCGAGUUUGUAUGUCUUUUGUUUAUGGUGACCCCGUUGUGAAAAACCGAGAAUACGUAUGGGAACGUUUAUCCCGAAUUGGCAUUUCCCGAAAUGAGCCUUGGUUCAUCAUCGGCGACUUUAAUGAGAUUACUGGUAAUCAUGAAAAAAGUGGUGGCAAAAAACGUUCAGAAGCCACCUUUCUUCCGUUUAGGGCAAUGAUUCAGAAUUGCGGAAUGAUUGAAUUUCCCUUUCAAGGAAACCCUCUCUCUUGGGUUGGAAGGAGAAGAAAUGGUGUCAUUAGAUGCAGAUUGGAUAGAGCCUUAGGCAAUGAAGAUUGGCACAACAUAUUUUCCCAUACAAAUGUGGAGUACUUGAAGAUGUGGGGUUCAGAUCAUAGACCAAUGAUCGCAUAUAUUGGUAAUUCUCCACCAAUCCAUUAUAAGAGAUUCAUGUUCGACAAACGAUGGAUUGGUAAACCCGGUCUAGAAGACUCCGUGAAACAAGUGUGGGGAGAACCUUUGGCACGAGUACAUGGCUCCUUUGUAUGUCGCAUUAGAAAAUGUAGACAAGCUAUUUCGGUGUGGAAGAAAGGAUUAAUCACGAACUCCCAGAAGCUCAUUGAGCACCUACAAAACGAGCUAGACAAUGCGGCAGAGGAUGACAAUGUCUCCUUGGAGGACCUUUUGGCUAUUAAGAAGCGUUUAUGUGAAGCAUACCGAGAGGAAGAGUUAUACUGGCAACAAAAAAACCCAGCGGCGGUAUUAAAAGACAUCCCCGUAAAGAUCGACGCAGCAAUGAACGAGAGGUUGACACGGGAGGUAUCGGAGGAAGAGGUAAAACGGGCUCUAUUCUCCUUGAAUCCAGGGAAAGCCCCUGGCCCUGAUGGGUUUACAGCCCUCUUCUUCCAGAAGUUAUGGGAAAUGAUCAAGGCUGACCUUGUGCAGUUGAUAAAAGACUUCCAAGACUCGGGAUCGUUCGCUGAACACCUUAACGAGACAAAUAUUUGUCUUAUCCCUAAAGGUGACCGGCCCCGAGAGAUAUCUGGUUUUAGGCCAAUAAGUCUAUGUAAUGUUGGCUAUAAGAUUAUUUCGAAGGUCUUGAGCCUGCGUCUGAAGAAACUACUUCCGGAACUGAUUUCCGAGACCCAAUCAGCCUUUGUAGCAGGAAGAUUAAUUACAGGUAACAUCCUUAUUGCACAAGAGAACUUUCAUGCACUUAGGUCGAAUCCCGCAUGUAGGAAGAGGUUUAUGGCUAUUAAGACCGAUAUGAGUAAGGCAUACGACCGCGUUGAAUGGUCUUUCCUCAAAUCGUUGAUGGAGAAGAUGGGGUUUGAUGAUCGGUGGAUUGGAUGGAUCAUGUACUGUAUCACCUCUGUGAAAUACAGAGUUUUAAUCAACGGUAGGCCAAGGGGGAGCAUUACUCCAUCACGUGGGAUUAGGCAAGGGGACCCGAUCUCACCUUACCUCUUCAUCCUCUGCACGGAAGCCUUGAUUUCUCAGCUUCGGGCAGCCGAAGCGGAGGAAAAAAUCCAUGGUAUAAGGAUUGCUCAUGCAAGCCCUCCUACUUCGCACCUCCUAUUUGCGGAUGACAGCCUUUUUUUCUGUAAGGCAGAUAUUGCUCAGAGCAGAGAAAUUAUCGAGAUUAUCCGCCUUUACGGCGAGGCUUCGGGGCAGCAAAUCAACCUUGCGAAAUCGUCCAUCAUGUUUGGACACGAUGUUCCCACCCUUAUGAGACAAGCUAUAAAAGAAACCCUUGGUAUUUCUCAGGAAGGGGCCUUAUGCUCUAAGUUAAAGAGCGCAAUUGCCAAUUUCUGGUGGAGUUCUAAGAGUGAGAGUAGAGGAGUCCAUUGGACGGCAUGGGAUUCCCUAUGCAACCAAAUGAAGGAUGGCGGCCUCGGAUUCAGGACUAUCGAAGAUUUCAACAUUACUCUGCUUGCUAAACAGCUUUGGAGACUCUUGAGAUUCCCAGAUUCCCUCUUAUGUCGCGUUUUAAAGGGGAGAUAUUUUAGAUAUUGUAAUCCUCUUGAAGUAAGCGCAUCGAAUCGGCCGUCGUACGGAUGGCGUAGCAUAAUGGCGGCAAAACCUCUUCUUACAUCGGGCAUUCGGAAGAUCAUAGGAUCCGGUUUUGACACUUGCGUGUGGUCCGAACCUUGGAUUCGUGACAUCCCUGCAAGACCCUCGAAGGGACUCCAUGAGGAUCGGGAUCCGCUCCUCUACGUCAACACCUUAAUUGAUUUUGAAACAAAACGGUGGAAGCUUGAUCGCCUUCAAGAGCUUUUCCCCCCCGAGGAGAUUACCCUCAUCUUAGGAUUGCGUCCGAGCCAAGUUUUCUCGAGAGAUGGUUAUAGUUGGAUUUUUACAAAAUCCGGUAACUAUACCGUCAAGUCUGGAUAUUGGAAUGCGAGAGCCUUAUCUCGUUUGUCAUGUGACCUCCCUGUUCAGGGUCCAAAUACUUUGGUUCUAAAGGCACAGGCAUGGAAACUGAAAACUACACGCAAGAUCAAACAUUUUGUGUGGCAGUGUGUGAAUGGCAGUGUUCCCACUUGCCAACGCUUAUUCUCUCGACAUAUAGGAAGUGAUAAAGGAUGUCCGAGAUGUGGGGCGGAGGAGGAGACGAUUAACCAUGUGCUCUUCGAGUGCUCACCGGCGAAACAAGUUUGGGCUCUCUCGGUGAUCCCAUCCGCUCCAAAUCAUUUUCCCACAUCCUCCAUUUUUGGUAACCUUGAUUAUCUAUUUUGGAGAGCACUAGCGUCAGGCUUAGACGAGGUACAUCUCAGGAUUUUUCCUUGGAUCUUAUGGUUCUUGUGGAAAGCAAGAAACAAAAAGGUUUUUGAGAAUGUGGACGAGCAACCGCCAGACAUUUUAGAUCAUGCAAAGGCAGAGGAAGAAGCUUGGAGGUUGGCCAAUGAGGAGGAAAGCGGGACGUCCAGUCCAGGUCCGACUCCAACGCCAACAAACACAUCCACUUCCGAGAUGUCAGGCUGCUUUAUCGACGGUUCAUGGUUGGACUCCGCGGGCAUUAGUGGACUCGGUUGGAUUGUCGCUGCCAACCGAAAUAUCAGUCUUGUGGGUCUACGCGGAAUAGAUCGAAGCUUAUCUCCCCUGCACGCGGAACUGGAUUCUCUUUUAUGGGCCAUGAAAUGCGUUCUCUCUUCACAUGUUACUAGUGAAGUCUUUUAUACAGAUUGCCUGGACUUGAUUUCCAUGACAGCGAACCCCUCGGAUUGGCCUACAUUUGCAGCUGAGCUUGAAGAUUUUAGGUCCUUAUCUUCAUGUUUUAGUUCAUUUCGUUUAGCUCAUAUCCCCCGGUCUUGUAAUGUCCGUGCUGACCUGUUAGCAAAAGCCGCUAGGGCACGAGGAGUAAGGUUUUCCCAUGUAAGCGUUGCGGCUCCUGCCUGGCUAUCCCUCGAGGAGUGUCGUUUGCCGCAAACGUAA